AUGAAGCUGUCCACGAAGUCUCUGUUGCCGGCUUUUGCCAUGGCAGGAAUGGCACUUGGGGAUUCUUUCCCUUUCGAGCGGAUCAACAAGAACGACUCUCUGCUCCUGAUCCUCGACCUUCAAGAAGGCCUCUUCAACAUGGCCAGAGACUUUGACGCCACCCUCUUCCGCAACUCGAUGAUCGCGCACUCCGCGAUCGGGCAGGUCUUUGACAUUCCCGUCGUGAUGACCACCUCGGCCCAGCAGGGCCCCAACGGCCCUCUGCCCCAGGAAAUACUCGACAUGUACCCCGACGCACCGCUGAUUCAGCGCCAGGGCGAGGUCAACGCCUGGGAUAACGCCGAGUUCCGCGACGCCAUCAGGGCAACCAACAAGUCGCAGGUCAUAAUGGCCGGCAUCGUCACUGACGUCUGCACGACCUUCCUCGCCCUCUCACUCCGUGACGAGGGCUACUCGGUCUGGGCCAACGUCGAGGCCUCGGGCACGACGACGGCCCUGAUCCGCGACGUGUCCAACGACCGCAUGGCGCGCGCGGGCGUCCAGAUCGUCUCGCUCUUCUCCGUCGUCUGCGACCUCAUGCGCGACUGGCGCAACACCCCGGGCGCCGCCGAGCUGUUCCCCUGGCUCGACAAGUACCUGCCCGCCUACGGCAUGGUCGCGAGGGCGCACCGCAGCGCGAUCGAGAACGGCACUGUGAUCCCCGGUGAGGCGGCUUUGCCUAGUUAA